GAUUAUUUCUUUUCCAAUAGUGGCAUAAGAGGUGAGCUCUCGGUUCCAGGCGGUGAGAAAGACAGAAAGAGAGCUAGCGAAGGUACAUUUAAAGUGAGAUGGAGAGUGAGAAAAUCUGUUGCUAAAAGCGGUUCACCGGAGAAGAUACAAAAGCCGGCAGCAAAAAACUUCAACUUUCAGUCAUGUCAAACCCGGAAAUGAACAAACUUCUCAACAAUCUUGAGCUCAAAAAACUCUUGGGAAAAUCUGAGGUUAUAUCUAUCUGCGACAUUGAGCUGAUAUGCAAACAUCAACCUGAGCUUAUAUCUAAGAUUAUUGAUGUUCUUGUCGAAUAUCUAAAUACUGAGAAACCGGUGGAGUGUGAUGCCGUGCAAGAGGUUUUUAUGGCGAUGGUUCAUGUUGAUAAAGAAGCAUCUUUGACUGCAAUGUUGAACCAUCUUGCUAAUUUCAAGGUGCCCGAUUUGAAGAAUAAACUGCCAAUUUUUAUUGAAUUGGCAUUAUACAAAAGCAAUUUAACGAAAAGACGUAUAUCGGAUGUACUAGAAAAGAGUCUACAAAAGGAAAGUGAAGCAGACUUGCAACGACUUGCACAAUAUUUUGAAACAAAGGCUGGUUUGGAUACAUUUGAUGUUUCAGAUGCACAUUAUGUUGACAGGUUUAUAUCAUGCCUGCUAAUGGCUGUUCCAUUCUUUGCGAGAGGUGCUCCAAGCAGCAAGUAUUUUGAGUUCAUGAACCGUCACCAUAUCUUGCAUCAUUUUGACAAGCUGACAGAGCAUAGGAAGCUUGAUUUUCUCAAAUCUCUUGCUGAAAUGUCGUCAGACACAACAGCUCAAGCAGCAGGCCAGAUGCUUCCAUCGAUAAUUGAGCUCUUAAAAAAAUGCAUACCCGAUACAAAGAUGGAGAGAGAAUCCAUGAAUAUCUCAUAUAUUGAGUGCUUAUUAUAUGUGCUCCAUCACCUAGCCAUUAAGGCUCCAGCUGCAGCAACAGAUUUUUGCAACGAAGAAUUUAUGUUGAGAUUGGAUUGUGUUAGAUCUAUAACUCGGGCAAGAUUGAAGAAACUAGACACAACCUUAGCUAAGGACGAUAAAAAGGUUUUGGAAGCUGAGAAAUACGAAAAGAAUAAUGAUUGGCUGAUGAAAAUGAAGUUCAGAUAUGAAACAAAGAGGCAAAAUACGAAAACUGAGUUUCGGAGCUGCAAUAACAUACUGGCCAUUAGAAAGUUAUUGAAGAGAAAAAAGUCUGGCUUUGUCAAACUUUCUUGGAAAGAAGCUAGGAAGGCAUUGUUAACCUCAUAUACAGACAGCACAUGCCCGAUAGCCCCUAUAAGGUCUGAUGCGCUUGAAUCCGUUUCAAAGGAUUGUAAGCUAAACCUAGAUGAUACAGGAAUAUGCGAUCUAACCGACAAGCAAGUUCAAAGUAUUCUGGAUUAUUCAAAAUAUCAUCAAGUUUCUCGUAACAAAAAUGGUGCAUGUGUGUUAAAUGACAAUGAUGACAUCGCUAUGCUCGGUUGGCAAAUGAAAAAAUCGGACUUAAGUUUCCUAGAGACGGCUGGGGAACAGGGUAGAUCGGGUGAGGUUAGAGAUCAACUUUUUCACCUUCUCUGCUGGGCCUACGCAGGCUCUGAUCUAGUUAGUUACCAGAGAUUGUUACAGAAGUGGGAGAGGAAGACACUUCCUCUUUGUCCUUGGUAUUUAUGUGCCUUUUGCGAGCCAGAAAAACUUGGAGAAGAGGAAAUACUUGAUAGAAAUGGAGAAAAGAAAAUACUUGUUGAUAGACAUGGUCGUGUACAUCAUUGCUAUGGAGGUACAAUUGAAAAAGCAUUAUGCCACGUACAGAGCCAUGGAAUUCCAAGGGAUGUUGUCACCAAUUUCCUUUGCACGGAUUAUCAUCCCCCAAGUGCAGAUGAACCUGAUAUGGAAAGAAGAAAAAUUAAAGGAUUUCGAAAAAUCAACACUUGGAAGGAUGUUGUAGAGGCGCUUCAAAAGCAGCAGAUAGUGGGGGCAGAUUUGCUUAAUUACAGUCAACUGAUGAUGACUUCAGGAAAGUAUAUUUACAAAGGUCCCAUGUCACGAAUGAGUGUUUACGUCGGAUAUCACGCCGUAGUAAUAGAGCAGAUUAAGAAAAUGAAUGGAGAAUGGGUUGCUGUUUGCAAAAUGAGCAAUGGCACGUUGGUGGCUGAUUAUGGAUACGCUUAUGUUUCCAUAGAAGUUCAGUACAUGCCUGUUGGUGCAUCUGAUCUGAAAAGGAAGAGGAUACGAGGUUCAGACCAUCCAAUGCAUCUCCUUACCAAUUUCAUCAUCGUAGACAUGGUGGAGGCAGAUGAGAAUGAUAGAAAGGAUGCAGAAAGUGAAGAAUCAGAAGAAAAAGACUCAGAAAAUGAGGAGGAAGAGGAUUAUAUUCCUAAAGCAAAAAGAGGUCUUACUAAAGAUCCUAAACCAAAAAGAAGUCGUACUGAAGAUCCAACAAUGGUAAAGGAAUCUGAUGCAGUGGGCGAUACCGGGGAUGCCAUUAGUCGCCAUAACUCAGAUUCGACUACAAAAGUGAUGGAAUUGGUUGCUCUAGUGAAGCUGUUAUCUGGCUUUCCUUCUAUUUCAAAGAGAAUUAAAGACAUAAUUGUGAAGCAGAAAGGAAGCCUUCUUCUUGGAAUGCAGCAGAGAGCUAUUGAGUACAAUUCUAUAGUUGACAGGCAUAAAAAUAUCAGGUCUUCUCUGGUUGACAGAAUGCCGGUACUGGAUGAGGCUACUUUCAAUGUGAGGAGGGCCGGCCAUUUUCCUGCAUCAGCUUCAACAAUGGCUCAGUUUUCAGUUAGCCUUCCAAAUGGUGUUGAGAAACCUGCUGUGGACUUGCUAUUUGAUGAAGAUUUCUUUCAGGAUCUUCUCUGUGUUUACUUGGGAUCAUCAUUAUCGCAAUCUGGUGCAACCCAGGCUCCAAAAGCCGGCACAUAUCGGGACAUGAUCCGUGCCGUAAGAGCAUGUCAAACAGCUGCGGAGGAGCGAGCUGUUGUAAGAAAAGAGUGUGCCAAUAUCCGAGCAUUAAUUAAUGAAGAUGACCCGCAUGAUAGGCACCGGAACCUUGCAAAACUCAUGCUCAUACACAUGCUGGGUUACCCGACACACUUUGUGCAGAUGGAGUGUUUGAAGCUAAUUGCAUCUCCUGGAUUUCCAGAGAAGAGGAUUGGAUAUCUUGGGUUAAUGUUGAUGCUUGUCACAAAGUCGUUAAAACAAGAUCUUAAUCACUCGAACCAGUAUGUUGUAGGACUCGCUCUCUUUGCUUUAGGGAAUAUUUGUUCAGCGGAAAUGGCCCCUGAUCUUGCGCCAGAAGUAGAAAGAUUAGUCCAGUUUCGUGACCCUAAUAUCCGAAAGAAGGCGGCGCUUUGCUCUACUAGAAUAGUAAGGAAAGUUCCAGAUUUAGUAGAAAACUUUGUAAACGCUGAUGCUUCCUUGCUUAAAGAAAAGCAUCAUGGGGUUCUAAUAAGAGGAGUUCAACUUUGUUAUGAAUUAUGCACGAUUAAUGAUGAAGCCCUAGAGUACUUCAGAACGAAAUGCACGGAGGGACUGAUAAAAUUUUUGAGGGAUAUUACUAAUUGUGCAUAUCAGCCUGAGUACGAUGUUGCAGGGAUCACAGACCCUUUUCUUCAAAGACGGUUGCUAAGGUUCUUGCGUGUUUUAGGCCAGGGUGACGCUGAUGCUAGUGAUUUGAUGACUCAUAUACUUGCCCAGGUUACGGAAUCUGAUGCAGUGGACGCUAUCGAGGAUGCCAUUGCUGGCCAUAACUCAGAUUUGACGACAAAAGUGAUGGCAUUUGUUGCUCUUCUGAAGCUGUCAUCUGGCUUUCCUUCAAUCUCAGAGAGAAUUAAAGACAUGAUUGUGAAGCAGAAAGGAAGCCUUCACCUUGAAAUGCAGCAGAGAGCUAUUGAGUUCAAUUCUAUUGUAGAAAGGCACAAAAGAAUCAGGUCUUCUAUGGGUGAGAGAAUGGCGGAACUAGAUGAGGCUGUCUUCAAUGUAAGGAGGGCUGGCUCAUUGCUUGCAUAACAGAGUAUUUUUAUCUUUCUGCGCGUACAAGUUUUUGUUGGCAUUUAGACUCCUUAUCACUCGAUAAACAAAUUAAUCUGGAUGGAAUCUCUUUAGGUUUUCAAUUUGUCGUUAUGAUAUCUUCCUUGACGUGCAGAUGUAGGGAUUGGUUUAGAACUAAAAUGGGGAACGAAAAGGAAACCUAAAUAAUAAUGCACUGCAGAUAGAUUAACUCAUUGUAUUAAAAA